GAUACGGAGAUGUCGAUCCGGGAGGACGUGGUGGAGCCAGAGCGACAGAGGACUGAGGUGGCGCCAAGGGGAUGAAGGACCCUUACGGAGCUGGAGGGACGGCAGUACAAGGCAAAGCCAGAAGAGUGGAAUCCCAAGGAGCAGGAUGGUCAACGCCAGACCAAGGCAGAGCCGGAGGGACGAGGGAGCCAGGCGGCGCUUGUGGACUGCCGGGCCAAGACGGAGAGGAGGGAUCUAGGACCCAUGGUGGAGCUGAUGGGUCAACGGACUGAGGCAGAGUCCAGACCUCAGAGGCUGGAGGCGGAGGUGAAGGAGACUCCGACCAUGGCGACACUGGAUGAUGGCAGUCCUGCAGGGCUCGCACCACAUAGAUGGUGGGUUGAGGGCGAGCUGAGGGGCUGCCAGAUGAUAGCGGAGGAGAAGGCAGAAGCGUGGGUGCAUUUUCGAGGAGCAGGCACUGGAGGGCACAUUCAAGGAGCAGGCACUGGAGGACACAUUCUAGGAGCAGGCACUGGAGAAUCGGAAGCUCCCUCAGGGCUGGACGAGGGAACCAUGGACGAAGGAGGGCUGGAAAGGACCAGUGGAGACAACGGAGAGAGGAGAGGAGACAGUUCGAUCUCCAGAUCAGAUUCCCAGUCAAAGAGAUCCUCCUCCUCAUUUUGGCCCUUUUAUCGCGCCAUAGUUAGCUCACCCUUAGCCACGGUGCAGGGGGCAGAGCUCCUCUCCGCGGCACUCUCCUUCAUCGCAUGCGCUGUUGCUGGCUCACACACCAUAACUGACAUCUUCUGCAGCACUGGCUCCACGGCGAUCCUCAGUCCUGUCGCUCCAUGCAGCGAUGGCACUAGUCGGUCACGGCGGGCUCUGGCUCUCUGUCAGCAAUGGGCUUGGCCAUGUGCUCCGUGCAUCGGGGAGAUGGUGGGCUGGGCUCUGGGUCAGGAGUGGUACUGGUAAUUAAUCCCUGGGAACCGGCAGGGAACAGAGAUCCAUUUCUCACUAGUGUCCACUACACAAAGGCAGUGAAUACCGCUCGAGGGCCAUCUUCGGAUGGAAAAGUGGUGAGAUGGGCCACAGCCAGAAACAGUCUGGUAUGACCCUCAAGCAAAUUUUCCCCCUGCUCCAGCAGGAGGAGGAUGAAUGGUGGGCGAAGGAAGGGAUCCAUGAGGGCACAACAGAAAGAAAAACACUGAUAGAAAAAUCACGGAAACAAAACGGAGGGGAGACACGCAAUUUAAACUGUUUAAGGUCGGAGAUUCUGUCACACUUAGCCUAAAUUCAAGGAGCGAGGAACAAGGAAACCUGGAAUGCAGAAACAAUCUUCUUUUAAUUAAAAUUAUCCACAGGAAUAUACGGGGCAGACAGGAGCUCAGGAAACACACAGGUAGACAUACAAUCUCCAACAAAAACAAACUGAAAGGACUAGGGCUCAUAAACACAAGAUAAUUGGGGAAACACAGGUGCAUGGAAUGAUUAAUUAAAGGGAACAUGGCACAACUGGGAAGGAAAAAACACAACACAAAGAGUCCAGUAUGUAUGUUUAUUAUUAGGGGUGUCAACAAUAAUCGAUUCGGCGAUGCAUCGCGAUGCGGGGCAUGACCGAUUCAGCAUCGAUGCGGCAAAGUGCCACAAUCGAUUAUGUCACUGUUUAUUUUCUGGCGGACAAUAAAGUUGUAAAGUUUCAAAUACUUCCGGUUCCGGGGAAAUAACAACAACAACAAGCAAGAUGGCUGAGGCGGAGGGAGAUGACUGCGAUAGACGGGUUAUUAAAAAUGCGCCCAAAGCUUGGAAAGCAGACAUCUGGGCACAUUUCGGAUUUUAUGAAGUAAAUGGGAAACUAGAUAAGUCUUACAACAACAACAACAACACAAAAAGUCGACACAUCCCAGCCAAGAAUUGAAGAGUCGCUAGUGUCAACAUUGCCACACAACUCCGAGAGAGCAAAGAGGAUCACACGAUCGGUGGCAUGUUUUAUAGCGAAGGAUCUACGACCCUAUUCUGUGGUAGAAAAUGCGGGGUUUCGCCACAUGCUUAAAACAAUUGAGCCCCGGUAUAAGCUACCGACAAGAGCUACCUUCACUGAUUCCGCGCUUCCCGCAUUGUACAAAGAAACCAAAGCAAAGGUAAUGGAAUCAACGUGUAAAGCCAGACGUGUAGCCAUUACAAGUGACGCCUGGACUUCAGUCGCAACAGAGUCUUAUGUAACCAUAACAUCACAUUAUAUUAGCGAGGAUUGGAAGAUUGUAUCACAUGUGCUGCAGACGAGAGCAGUUUAUGAGAGCCACACUGGUGCUCAUAUGGCAAGGCUACUCUUGGAUGUUGUGGAGGAAUGGCAGCUUACAGAUAAAAGUGUUGUGCUGGUGACGGACAACGCCGCUAAUAUGAUUAGUGCUGCUGAAAUUGGGAAGUUCCCUCAUGUAAAAUGCUUUGUGCAUACGUUGAACCUCGCUGCGCAGCGGGCGCUUAAGCUACUGGCGGUCUCCAGGCUUCUGGGCAGAGUCCGCCGUAUCUCAGUAUACUUCCACCGCAGCACAAAGGCAAAGCACCUGUUUGAAGAAAACCAGAGAGUUGUUCUUAAACUGACAAGUCCACUUAAAGUGAUAACAGAUGUCGCCACAAGGUGGAAUAGUGCUCAUGAUAUGAUGGAGAGGUUUUUGCAACUGCAAGCUGCAGUGCAUGCCACCCUGCUGUCGCCUGCCCUAAAUGUAGAUGAAAGUGACAUCGUCACUCUCAGCAGAGCCAAUCUGGCUAAUGUGGAGGAAGUAGUGAAGACAUUAAAACCAGUGAAGGAUGCCACUGUGUUUAUGUCAGAGGAGAGCAGUCCUACAGUCAGCCUAAUUGCACCAGUAUAUGCCCAACUCCUCCAGAGCAUGUCCGACAAUAUUGGAGACCAACCACUGAUCCGUGAUGUGAAGAAUGCCAUCAAAACAGAUCUCCUUAAGAGGUACAAAAGUGAGGCAGAGAAAAAGAUCCUUCAUACAUCCUCUGCCCUGGAUCCUCGUUUUAAGGGGUUACCUUUCCUGACAGAGGAGGAGAGAUUGGAUGUCUCCGCAGGAGUUACUUCAGAGGCUGCAUCCCUGGAGGAGUAUGAGAGAAAACAGAGAACAGAAGCAGAUGAAGCGCCUGGCAGAACAGGAAGUUCAGGAACCAAGGAAGAGUUGCUGUCCGUGGAUGACAAUGUGUCAGACUCAGCAGGCCCCUCCGCUCCCAAAAGAAGAGCCUAAUCACUGCUUUUAAGUUUGCUGGGACCUGCUUUCAUCAAUGACACCAGUGAACCUGCAGUACAAAGUAAGACCGCCGAUGCCAGUGCUGAGGAGGAAAUGGACUUGUAUUGUAGAUCCCCAGCUGUGCCUCUCUCUGAGGAUCCCUUGGACUGGUGGCAUCGCCAUAAGGGCACAUUUCCUCUCCUCUCUAGGUUAGCAAAGAGAUACAUGUGCAACCCCGGGACAAGUGUGUCAGCAGAGAGAGUCUUCUCCACUGCAGGAGAUGUUAUCACUGCAAAAAGAAGCGCUCUCAAACCGGACCAUGUCGAUCAGCUUGUGUUUUUGCACAAGAACCUUGAAAUUCCCAAAUGCUAAACAGUGAGAAGUUAUGAUGUAGGCUUAGGUUAAACUAUACAUUUCCUCACUCUGAAACGGAUUGUUGAUGAUGGUAAUGUUGAACUCAGAUUGAAGAAGUUGUUUGUUUGCACAAAUUUGGUAGAAGGCUAAGCCUACACACUUUAUUUUUGGUUUACAUUACUGUAUUUCACAUCUUAAUAUUUUAUUUUAUGCAGCUGAUGUGAUGGUAGGAUCAGGACAGGCAUAUAAUUGUCAUUGUCUUAAAGCUGCUAAGCUGCUGUUUUGUUGAGAAUAGUUUGCACUUUACUUUACUACUUGAAAAAAGUUUCACAGUAAUAAGUGGUUACUGUGUGUUGUUGCACUGAAUAUUUUUAUUCCUGGGUGGUCGUUGUUAAAAUAGUGUUACUUAUUAUUUUAAUAUUUGCACAGGACUUCAGGAAGUGCCCUGUCUUAGAGCUGCUAUUUUAUUGUGUGUUAAAAAAAAAAAA